UCGGCCGGCGCUCUUCCUGCGGGCUUGAGGCUCAGCUGCGAACAGGAACCGGAAACACCCCGCUGUGUUUUGUUUUCUCCUCCUCUCCUCCUCUCCUCCGUUCGCUCCUCUCCUCCUCCCGCUCCUCUCCAGGCGGAGGAGUUCACCGGUGAAUAAAUGGAGCACAAACUGAUCGUGGCGGUGUCGGGCUUCCCCUCUCUGUACGACAGCGGCUCCCUGACCUACAGAGACCUGAACAUGAGAGCCGAGUCCUGGAGGCAGGUCUCUCAGAUCGUCGGUGUCCCCGAGUCUGAGUGCCGGAGGAAGUGGAAGACGCUGAGGGAUCAGCACCGCAGGGAGCGGCAGCGGGAGAAGGAGCGGCGUGAGAGCGGCAUCGGGCUCUUUAACUACCGGCCCUGGAGGUACUCGGCCAUCCUGUCCUUUCUGAACCCGUUCAUUGAUGCCCGAGCAGCUGGUACCAACGGCUGGGCUCUGGACCCCCAGCCGUCCCACUUCCACUCCUCAGAGAUGGGCUGCAGCACGACCACCGAGACGCGGAGCGAUGACGACGAGCAUUACGACAUCUCUGUAGUGGACGCUACCACCACCACCACAUCCUCCUCUUCCUCAGAGUUUGUGCAGAGGAAGCGACCGUCCUCCGACACCGGAGACGACUUCACAUUCAAAGAAGCCAAGAUGGAGGAUGGAGCCGCAAAAGACGACUGUGCACAAACGCAGCAGCUGCAGCAGCAGCAGCAGCAGCAGCAGCAGCAGCAGCAGCAACAGCAGCAGCAGCAGCAGCACGACAACAUGAAGGAGCUGUUCGAGAUGAUGAUGCAUUCAGUGACCUCUCUAGCUGCGUCCUUAGCCUCCUCACAGCCCUCUUCCUCGUCGUCGGAUCAACCUAACUUGAACCACCACCUGAAAAUGGAGGACCAGGAGGCGGAGCUUCUGGUGCUGAGCGACGACGAGGAGGCAAGAAGCCAGUGCAGAGACCUCAGGACCGGAGGGACGUCGCGGGAGGAGCAGCCGAGGACCAAGAGGAGGAGCGAGGCGCUGCUGGAGGAGCAUCUGAGGAGGACAGAGGCCCUCGAGGCUCAAAAAGACGAUGUGACGCUGUUCCUCCUGAGUUUGGCCCCCGCCCUGAGGAGGCUCACGCCACAGAAACAGUCCUGGGUCCGAACCAAGAUCCAGCAGUUCCUGCACGAAGCCGAGUUCGGGGCCACGAGCUUUCAGUGAACUAUUUUACAUUUUUAUAUAUACUGAACGGACUAGGGCUGCACAGUCAGUCAACCAAUCAACCAACCAAUCAAUCAGUCAAUCAAUCAACCAACCAACCAAUCAAUCAGUCAAUCAACCAACCAACCAACCAAUCAAAGUGUAUUUAUAAGGAUGUAUUUUUUCUGUGUUGGACCCUGAAGGCAGCAUCUCCCUGGUCCAAGAGACCUCCAGAGGUUUUCAGAGAUAAAGAAUUAGGUGUAAAAGUUCAUCUUCUGAAUGAAGUUUUGUGAGCUUCAGAUAAACCCGGCGUACAAAUGGUUGUGACAGAUCCUCCACCACGAUGACUACAUAUAGUUUUAUAUAUAUAUCGGAUCCCAAUCACACUAUCGGUCAGAAUAAUCACCAUUGGAUAUUUUCUCCAGUCUGUGCAGCUCUAUUGUGAAUCACAUAUUGGCUGACUUUAUGAAAUAUAGAUUCCUCUUUUUAUGAUAUUGUACCGUCUUCUUUCUCAUGUUUUUGUGCUGUUUUUAAUAAAAACUAUUCCUCUUGUGGCUGUA